AUGGCCCCCACCGUGCUCCAUCUCCGUGCCGAGACCAAGCCUCUCGAGCACCGCUCCGCCCUGACCCCCUCUGUCACCAAGAAGCUCAUCGAGGCUGGCUACGUUGUCAAUGUUGAGCGGGACCAGGAGCGCAUCUUCGAGGACUCUGAGUUUGAGGCUGUCGGAGCCAACUUGGUCGAAUGGGGUAGCUGGAGGAAUGUUCCCAAGGAGCACAUCAUCGUUGGCCUGAAGGAGCUCCCCGAGGAGGACUUCCCCCUCAUACACACCCACGUCCAAUUCGCGCACUGUUUCAAGGGCCAGGAUAACUGGGCCACGGUCCUCGGCCGCUACAGCAGCGGCGGUGGCACGCUGUUGGACCUCGAGUUCCUCGAGAAGGACGGCAGGCGUGUGGCAGCCUUUGGCUACUGGGCGGGAUUCGCUGGUGCUGCUCUGGCUAUCCAGAACUGGGCGUGGCAGGCUACCGAGAAGGGCGACUUCCCCUCUGUCAACACCUAUCCCAACGAGACUGCCCUCGUUGCUGAUGUCAAGAAGGCCUAUGCCAAAGGCCAGGAGAAGACCGGCAGGACACCCCAGGUGAUCGUGAUCGGUGCUCUGGGUCGAUGUGGCCGUGGUGCCGUCGACAUGUGCAUCAAGGCCGGUAUUCCCGCAGACAAGGUUCUGAAGUGGGAUAUGGCCGAGACGGCUCCUGGUGGUCCCUUCAAGGAGAUUCCUGAGAGCGACAUCUUCAUUAACUGCAUCUACCUGAGCACCAAGAUCCCGCCGUUUGUCACGGUUGACAGCAUCAAGAACACUACCGACCGCAAGCUAUCAGUCAUCUGCGACGUCAGCGCUGACUCUACCAACCCCCUGACUCCUGUACCCGUCUACAAAAUCACUACGACUUUUGAGAAGCCCACGACCAUGGUUGAGGGAGUUGACCCUCCAGUCAGCGUCAUCAGCAUUGACCAUCUGCCCAGUCUUCUGCCUCGCGAAGCAUCAGACACCUUCAGCCAGGAUCUGCUGCCCUAUCUUCUCACUCUGAACGACUGGAAGAAUGACCCGGUCUGGGCUGGUGCUGACAAGCUGUACAAGGAGAAGGCCGCAACCCUGCCCCAGUAA